AUUCGCACUUAGUCUUAGUCGUAGGUUACAUUCUCGGCAAUCAAAGAUCACACACAGAACAAAGAAACAUUUUCAUUAACUGGAAAAAAAAACAUUUUCCAGACAGAAUGGAAACAAAUCCAACAUCCGAUUAUGUACUGACUAAAGUUAUUGAACUGUGCACGUAUUUAGAGUCCAUGGAAAUGCACGGUUUUGUGAUGUUCAGCAAGAAGUCAUCUCAAAUAGAUGUGACCACUUGUGGAACCAACUAUGGUGCACAGUUUAUUGCUGCCAACCCCAAACUUGGAAGCGCAUUCAGGAUGUUUUGCACAGAUUUGGACGAUGCUAAAGUUGUUCAGAGUGAGACAAGACAGUCAGCAAAUCUUCAAAGUGAAACAACUGAUAACACAACUGUAACACCAAGUGUUGAGAUAAAGAUUAAAGAAGAACCAGUGGAAGAACAAUCUGAACUGUCCGUUCCACAUGAAGACAACAGUGUUUCCAGCACUGGUGAGAAAACAAUAAAGGCUGAAGUGGAAAGUGAAAGUGCUGAUCAACCAGUAUGUAACAACCAGUCUGAAAAUAUGAAGGUUCUCUCAGACAAUGAUAAACAAUAUUGUUGCAGUAUCUGUAAUAAGGUUUUUAAAAGUAAAAGAGGACUAAUAUACCAUAUCCCUCUUCAUGGCCCGCGUGCUUUUAAAUGUGAAAUAUGCAACAAAGAAUUCUUUAACAGAGACGGACUUAAACAGCACAUCAAGUCACAUGAGCCAAACAAACAUAUGUGUUCCCAUUGUGGAAAAUGUUUCAGCAAGCCAUAUUGGCUGAAAAGGCACGAAGAAGUCAGGCACCAGAAUAUUACUUCGCGCAAGUUUGAAUGUGAAAUGUGUGGUAAAAAGUAUUCAUCUCGACGUAUUCUGGUUGCACACAUCGCUAAACAUACAAGCCAGAAAUCACAUGAAUGCCAAACAUGUGGACGGCAUUUUGGGUAUAAACAUUCUCUGGAGCGCCACAUGACAGCAUGCAUCAUUAAUAGAUACAAGGGAUUUCAUAAAUGUGAAAUAUGUAAUAAAACAUUCAGUCACCAGAGAUACUUAAAGCAACACAAAAUGCUUCAUGAGACACCAAAGUUUUCCUGCAAUAUAUGUGGACAAUUUUUCACAUGGAAAAAUUGUUUGGAAAAACACAUUCAAUCAUGUGCAAAAUAAAAAAAAAGAUAUUCAAAUCUUCAUUUGGAAUAACAUAUAUGCGAAUAACCCAUCGCUUUCCAUACUUAUAAGUUAAACCAAAUGCGAAGAAUGCAUGUUUGGCAAUUUUUUUUUAAAUUAAAAAUGCGUUGCAUAUAUACAGUUACUUUCUUAUCACACCGUUAUCCUUUGAGGCUUAGACAUGCAGUUUAUGUGAAUACAUUUUCAUGUGCGACAA